AUGGGAAAAGCAAGCAAAUGGCUGAGGAACUUCUUGAUAGGGAGAAAAGAUAAUGAAGGAAAAAGGAAGAACGUUUCCGUAUCUUUUGAAGAUCAUGGAAGUUCGAUGGCAAACCCACCUCCGAGUCCUCUUAGGCGCAUAUGGAGUUUCGGGAAGUCGGCAAGUGAUGUUCGAGUUUGUAAGAGUUCGAGGUCUUUCAAUACGAUGACUGCUAGUUCAAUUGUGAAUCAAGCUGCAUUGGACUUGGAGAACCAACAUGACAACACCAGAGUUCUGUCAAUGGCAGCGUAUGAAACUUCUUUAACGAGCAGAGCAAUAAAAGAUGAUGCCGCAAGACGGAUUCAAGCCUCCUUUCGAGCGUAUUUGGCAAGGAGAGCAUUGCAUGCUUUGAAGGGACUAGUUAAGCUGCAAGCACUGGUUAGAGGUCACCUGGUGAGAAAACAAACAACUGCAACUCUCCGAUGUAUGCAUGCUCUAAUGUCGAUACAGCUCCAAGCCCGGGUUCAGAGAAUCCGGAUGGCUUCAAAGCCACAACUCACUCCGAAAAGCCAAUUAUCGACACACGGAAGGCUUCCCCUGGAGAUGGGAUUUAAAAGAGAACAGAAAGAUGAAAAAAAUGGAGCCUUCAAGAGCAAAAAUGGUUUUACAAAUCGCUCAAAAACCGAGAGGAUCGAGCAAGGAAUCACCAGAUGUUUCUUUGAUGAGAUUUCAGCCUCAAAGAAAAAACAAAACUAUGAAGAGUUUUCCUUCACAACACCAAAUAGUCCCAGACAUUGUCCUCCAUUAAAGUCCAAGCCUACAACACCAGGAAGAUCCUCUUUCAGUUCCUAUGAAUAUCCAUGGAUGCCUAAGUACAUGGCUAACACACAAUCUUCAAGGGCCAAAGUCCGGUCACAAAGUGAACCGAAGCAACGACCUGCAUCGAGCUUCAAAGCUAAAGGCAAGAGAACAGCUUCAUCCGAACAAACGAAUGAUAAUAAUAUGUAACAACUCCCUUCACGGACGAUAUUCAUUGUAAAUGAGAAU